ACUAGCUUCAUUGAAUAUAUAUUUGAUCGAGGUCAUGACCAGCAAAUACCGAGAUAAACCAUGACGAGAUAGAGAUCGACCAAAAAAACCCAACUCGUAAAAGUCAUUACUUUUCGCUCUAUCAUCAUUUGUAAGUACGUAGUGAGCCAAUUUUGAGCUUCAAAACCAUGUACCAAUUGCUUCCUCAAAUUUCUGACUUUCCCAUGAUCUCUGAGACCACAUCAGAAGAAACCAUUCCGCCUGAGUUUCUCACCGAGGCAGUGUUUGCAGGAGGUAGCUUCUGGAGCCUAGAAGCUGCGUUUGGGCGUGGAGAAGGAGUUGUGAAAACUGCCACAGGCUAUUAUGGAGGAACGCUGAGAAAGCCUUCAUAUAGAGAGGUCUGUGAAGGAACAACAGGCCACACUGAAGCCGUGAAAGUCGUAUACGAUAAAAGGAGAAUCCCAUACAGAUUUCUGUGUGACAUUUUCUGGGAAAGCCAUGAUCCCACCAAUAAAGACUACCUGAACUUUGGACUAAUUAGCAAGCACCAAAGGUCUGCAGUCUUUUACAGCAACGAGAAAGAGAGGAAGGAAGCACAGGAGUCCAAGAUCAGGCGGCAGAUGAAGCUCAACAAGAGGAUUGUCACCAAAAUCAUACCCUCUGAUUCUGAUACAGAUUUCUUCGUGGCAGAAAACCAACAUCAGAAGUAUUAUCUGCAGAAGAAGUUAAGGGUGUGUGAAAGUCUGGGGCUGAGAAGCACAGACCAAUUUGUGGAGUCAAACAUAGCUUGCAAACUCAACGGGAUUUUAGCCAUGGAAGAACACUCGAUGGUUAUUGAUGAACUGACGAUAUUUUUGCAAACCCAAGAGAUGCCAAUGCAGACAAAGUUAGCAUGCGAAGAAAUUAUUGAAGAACUAAACAAAAUUAAAGUUGAAAAAAGCCCAAAUUCGCUGAACAUCAUGUACGUGUCUUGUAAUUAAUUUUAGGGCUCCGAUCCCAAGACAAGAUUCAUAAAUUUGGGCUCACCAAAUCAAAUUAAAUUUCCUAUUAAUGCUGUGGUGGAAAAGCUUCCACGUGUUAGUGCAUGGUGGCAACAUGCACCAAAGAACAUGGAGCAUGUUUCAUUGAAAAAGUAAUGCUAUAUAUUGUUAGCCCA